GGAACGGGGAGGGGAGGAGGUGGUUCCACACGCCAAGUUACCGGUGCACAUACAAGUCCGCUCCCCCGCGCGCCUCGCCGGCUAACAUCCAGCGUCCACGUCCAAAUCAACGGCCCCCGUUGAUCUCCCCUGCAACGUGCAGACUCUCCUCUCCCCCCUGCCAAGAAAGUGCAGCGCCCCACAGCUCGCCGGGAGAGACAGAGCCUAUAAGAAUCCGAAAGGACUCGUGGGAUCUCGGAGCAACUCGAUCGAAGAAGCUCAGCGACCAUGCCGAUGAUCAGCUGCUGCCACCAGCUCAAGCCUCCGUCUCCGCCCCUUCACCUCCAGCCGGCCGCCCAUCUCCCUGCGCUACGCCGGGCGUGCUUCGCGGCGGCGGUGUGCGUGGUGGCCGUCAGCGCGAUGGGCGCGGUCGACGGCGCGGCCAUGGCGCGGGGACCUGCCGACGACGGCGCGGCGCUCGGGGCAGCGCUGGUGCGCGCGCAGGCGCCGGCGCGGUGGAGCGACCGGAGGCAGUGCCCGCCGUGGCACGCCAACUCGCUGGAGAACGUCGUGCCGGAGAACCUGCCCCGGCCGUCCGCGCGCCGGAGGUAUAACGGCGUCGCGGCCGCCGACAAGGCGCAUGCUCCCGCGCCUGCGGCGUCGCCUGACGCCGUGCUCCCGUUCCUGGCGCUGCGCUCCGGCUCCGGCAUGGGCUGCUUCUCCCUCUGAAUUAAUCUAGCUAGGUGGUGUAAGUUGUAAUUAAUCGGGUGAUUAGGCUAGCAGAUUAAUUAGCUUAGCUUCUAGAAGAAAUAAGCUCUCAUAUUGGUGAGAGCUGGGGGUACAUACGACCAACAUAUUGUUUUAUCUGUGAUGAUAUUUUUCUAUGUACUUCAAUUCAUUGCUCGAAAAGAGCUAGUUAAUCAUUAUUUAUCUGGCUUA